AAACCAUCUGAUGUUACGAAGGUGAUUUCCAAGGCGCGGAAUGUGACGUCAUGGACUCGCUCCCUUCCGCGAGGCCUAAUGACGUCAUUGUCCAGCCAGAAGCGGGAGGAGGCGGAGCCAGGGCCGCAGUGUUCUACCACACCGAGCGCACUUAACACCGACCAAGUUGGGGGCAAUAUCAACCGAUUGUUUUCGGAGUCUUCAUCGUCAUGUCUUAGCGGCGGGGCCUCUCGGGAGGACGCUGGUCGCGGGCCAGCCUCGGGAGGAGCGCCGCCGCCGGACGGAGAUGCUCAUGGUCGAAGCCGCGAGCAUCCACCGUGGACGCGGACGCCCCUUCAUCAUCAUCAUCCUCAUCAUCAUCCCCACCGUCACCAUCAAAAUGGACGCCCGGGACAACACGAGGAGGACGCUCAGGCCUUCAUUAUGAGCACUUUGGAGGCGGUUUACGGCGCUUGGAUUUGAGCUUUCAUUCCUUUCUGACCCCGUGCAGUGACAUUCUGACUUGGCGUGUGCGUGUGGAUGCAGCGUGGCCCAGUGUGUGUGGAAGCGGAGGCGGUGGAGGAGGAGGAAGGUGUGGGCGUGCUGAGAUCCACCGCACGCUCAUCUUGGAGCCAUGGCCAGUGAACCCGUUAUCCUCAACGUGUAUGACAUGUACUGGAUAAAUGAGUACACAUCCAAUCUCGGAAUUGGAGUCUUCCACUCAGGAAUCGAGAUUUAUGGCCGAGAAUUUGCAUAUGGGGGCCACCCAUACCCUUUCAGUGGCAUUUUUGAAAUCAACCCGGGCAAUGCCGCCGAGCUGGGAGAGACCUUCAAAUUCAAAGAGGCUAUCGUCUUGGGGACCACCGACUUCACGGAAGAGGAUGUGGACAAGAUCAUGGAGGAGCUUGGCAAGGAGUUCAAAGGCAACGCCUAUCACCUCAUGCACAAGAACUGCAACCACUUCUCCUCCUCGCUCUCUGAGCUGCUGUGCGGCCGUGAGAUCCCCCGCUGGGUCAACCGUCUGGCCUAUUUCAGCUCGUGCAUCCCCUUCCUGCAGAGCUGCUUACCCAAAGAGUGGCUGACGCCGGCCGCUUUGCAGAGCCACAUCAGCUUGGGCCUUCACAAGGACGAGCUCCGCCGCCAGUCCAGCGACGACGAUCCCGACUGCCCGCCGCCGCCCUCAUCGUCCAGGGGCGCUGGAUCAUCCUCUUCCUCCUCCUCGCACAGCUGCCGCCACACCAGGGUGUGAGCGACUCGUGGACCAGGACUUUGGGGGGUGGGUUCAAGACUUGCCGGUGCCACUUGUUGGACAAUUGAGGACUGCCAAAAGUGGUGUGGCUAAUGCUAACCCAGGAUGUCUGGUCGUUGACCCCAAAAAUGGGGUCAACUGGGAAGGACCUGCCCUCUACCUUAAAUUCUUGAAAAACUCAUCGUCUGAAGCCUUAGCCGCAUGAAAUUUGGUAGACAUGCCGAUUUAAAGUCUCAAGAAGCCAUGCCCUCAAACCCAGUUCCAUCAACAUAAAAUUUACUAGUUUCCAUCUUGCGUAGACCCACAAAAAUGUCUCAAAAAGCCAUGCCUAAAACCUCAUGGGAAGUCUUUCAUUUUGCUUUGAAACGGCCAUUUCGGCUUGCAGUGUCCUUGUGAAUCCGUUCUAAAAAUUCCACCCCUAAAGGCAUUUCACCUUCGCGGCAUGAAUUUUGGUCGACAUGUCUGUCAUGAGUACACCCACAAAAAAGUCUCAAGAAACAACACCAAAAAACCCACAGAGGAUUUCUGCCAUUUUUGGUAGAAGCAUCUGCCCAAUAGCAAACUCUUGAUUUUGUUU